GCCUGUGUUGCGCAGACAAAUAGCCCACGCUGAGCCGUGCUGCUCGCGUCACUUGUGGCCCGCGGGGCAGCACUUGAUGGACCGAUUUCGCUAUGCAUGGCGUCUUUAGUUUUCAUGCUCCGAUGCCUUUGCCUCUCGUAUCUCACGAACCUUGUUUGCUCAGUGGACUGCUCUGCCCAGCCUCCAGUGCAAAGAGCCUCGAAGGGGCGUCCUGUGAAGCUCACAGGGCUUUCCAUCAGUCAUGAGAUCUCUGAAGAGGAGCUGGACCUCAGCAUCCAGGCCAGCUCCGGUUCUGUGAGACUUCUACUACUUGAUGGCCUGCAGCUCUUAGAGGGAGGAGGCUCCCAUUCUGUGGCCGUUCGUGCGACCUUACCAUUGCUGCAGGCUGCAUUGGAACAGGUACAAUACACAAGUUGUACUGAUUGCUCUGCAGUGCUGGAUUCCAUACAAUUGACUUGUGCCAGCCCCAACAACAUGCAGUCAGAAGCCAUAGUGCAAAUGGAGAUUGACUCGGUGCUGCCAUAUCUCCGUGCUGCAUCACUGUAUCGCGAAAUCAAGAACUAUACUGCGCAUGUAUUUCGGGACGUUUCGCUGGAGUAUGCCAUGUAUUCGGGAAUACUGCAGCUCAAUAUCACUUCCAGCAGUGGCACUGUGGCUGUUGAGCAUGACUGGGAUGCACCUGGUGCCAUUCUUAAAGGAACCGCAGCUGAAGUAGCUUGGAUUUUGAAGAGUAGCGGCGUUACCUUCAAGCCGAAUCGGAGCCAGACCUUCGACCACCUGGUCAACCUCCAGCUUUGCCUCACCGACGAGACGGGUGCUCCAGUCUCCGAAUGCAUCACUUUGUCUCUCAAGGUUCUAGGUCUGGAAGUGGCAGCAGUGGUGGAUGAAGAGCUGAAGGUGGGAGGUGAGCCUGACACUGCUGUGGCCUCUGCUGUGGCCUCCGUGGCCUCUGUGGAAUCCCAUAUUCUUCAUGUUUGGAUGCCUGCAGCAGAUGAGAUGCCACACCUGGAGCCAUGUGAGUCCACUGGCGUUGACGAAGUCUGGUUUAGGAUUCAGGAGGAUGUUUGGGAAGCUCCUAUUUGUAUUGACCUGAGAGGCGACGCUGAUGAAAGCGCCACCUAUGUGGAUCUGCAGGUUUCUGUAUCGACUGGUAUGGUCCAUUGUGAUGCUUUUGCAGGACGGAGGGCAGGAAUCUUCACCACAAGAUGUGCAGGUACUUCGAGCGAUCCCUCCUUUCCCAGUUUGGCCUCUUGCGAAGUUGGUGCCGAAGUGGCUCUGAGGCCAACUCGAGGUGAAGUGCGAGAAUGCCUUCGCCACUUGGUCUUCACGCCCCCCUCUAACUUUGAUGGAGAGGUAUUGAUGAGAAUCACUGUGGCAUUUGUAGAUGUCUUUGGGGCUGAGCCACGCAAGAUCAUUCAGGAGUCGAAGAUCCAAGUCGAGGCGGUGAAUGACAUGCCAUGGCUCUACUGGGUAACCUUGCCUCCACAGGAGAUGCUGAACAAUGAGUCGUUCCCGUUCCGCGGCAUUCGGGUCUAUGAUCCGGACGUUGUGGGAUGGCGUGCAGAACGUGCUGAGAGCUUCACCCUCACUUUCCAGACGCUGGUUGGGGAGAUCUUGUUUCCCUUGGGCGAACCCCUUUGGCAAGAGCAAGUUCCUGCGCCUCCAUAUCCGAGCCGCUACCUUCGUCUUCAGGGCACGUUGCAGCAAAUUCAAGAGUCCUUCAACAGAGUGCUCUACAAGCCACCAGGGUGGUUUGCGGGGGAAGAUGAGGUGUUUGUGCGUGUCUCUGAUGGUGGCUUGGAGGGUGGCAGAAACCUCACGGGUGAGCUCGCCUUUCGUGUGACGGUCUUGCAGGCUCGACUUCCGGUUGGUCUCAUUGUGAAGACGGCAGCGCUGAAGAGCAAGGAGGAUGAGGCCUUUUGGUUUGGCCAAGCUGGGGGAAUUCACAUCGAUUUCCCUGCACCAGAGCCCAAGCUCUAUCUGAAGAUCUCAUCCACCGAUGGUGCCCUGCUGUUGGAUGAGAUGGUCCACUUGUCCUUUGGUUCGGUCCUUUCCUCCUCCACAACACGCCUGGAAGUGAUUGGGUCUAUGGCCGUGCUGGACACUCUGUUGCAGGAGGUGCGCUGGAAACACCCAAACCGAGACUGGGUGAGUCCUCCAGCACAACCGGCCAAGAUCGAGCUGCAGGCGUGCCAAUGGGAUUUGGAUCUGAAAGUUACCAUGGCAGACACCUGCUCCACAAGGGCUUUGACAGUGGAGGUAGAGCCGGUGGACGACACACCGGUGCUUUUCUCUUUGAAUCAUCCCUGGGCUUUACCUCUACAUGUCCAGCAGGACACCCCGAAGUCCUUGUGCUGCUUUAAGAUCCAUGACAUCGAUCUGCGCUCCACUGGGGCCGUGGGUGCCCCGUGGCCCUUUGCGAUGCGGAUCAUGGCGAAGUAUGGAAACAUCAGCAUGGCAGUCUCGGAGCAGGUGAUUCUCACCGAGGCGGAGCGGAACCUCAUUGGUUUGCAAGGCUCAGCUGCUGAUUUGGAAGAUGUCCUCAACACCUUGAGCUACACUCCUCCAGCGCAGAUGACUCACCGCCAUGGUUUGGACCACUUGUGUCUCUUUCUCCGAGACAUCUCAAGCUCCUUGAGGGUUGGCAACAUCCGCCGCUAUACUGGCUGUUGGGACAUCGACAUUGAGCCGGCUGCAGCACCCGUGCCACCGCCGCCAGCACAACCGCAGCCACGAAGUAGCCAGCGCGAGGUGCCCUGCGACUUCAAUAUCCAGAAUGACAGCGAAAAUGAAACAUGUGAAAGGCUGACAGACCUGCCUCGCAGACCACCUCCUGUGAUGUUCAACCGCGAAGAGAGGGAGGAGAACAUUAGCUGCAACGACAGAAGCUCGGCACCACAUUUGCCCUGCUUACAGUUCCAGCCAACUGGCCAAAUAAACUCACCCACUUUUUUGCUUGGCUAACCCAUGUGUCUAUUACGAUGUAAGAGUUUCUCAAAACGGAAGAGGUAACUUUGGGGUGUGAACACUCAUCCUUGCAUAGGGUUGAGUUCGGUUCCCUGAAAAGUAGUUGGUUGGAAAGUGGAGAGGUGGCUUUGCUACUAGGAGCAAGGACGCUACUAGGGGCUCC